AUGGCCUCGCCGGGCGCCUCGCGGUGGCCGCCGCCACUCCUGCUGCUGCUGCUGCUGCCGCUGCCGGGGGCCCCCGGGACGCGGGGCCAGCCACCCUCCCCGGACAGCCGCGCGGCGAGCCGGGCGCCCUUAGCCGGCGGGGGGCUGGCGCGGCCGCCCGAGCGCGGCCCGGAGCGCGAGCUGCAGCCGCCACCGCCGCCCACGCGGCCCCCGGAGCGUCGCGGGCCCGCGUCCCCCGACCCCAGCCUGACGGCCGACGGGCUAGGCGGCGCGACACGGUGGGGACCCUCCGGCCCGGUCCCCCGAGGCGGCAGCGCGGCUACUGUAAGGAACCACUGGCCAGAAAGUAACACUGAACCCCACACAGAAAACAUUACCUUCUAUCGAAAUCAAGAGGACCUUUCAUCAGUGGCCUCCAAAGAGGGCGUGAUGGUUCAGACCUCUAGCAGGAACCACGCUUCUUCGGAUGCUCCGGAAACCCUCUCUGUGUUAACUGAAACAGCAAAUACUGGAGGAAGGAACGAGCCUUCAGGCAGAACAAACUUCACCAUUUCACCUGUGGGGCACUCGUCUCAGACAGCAACAGCUCUGACCUCCCAGAGCGGCACCUUAGCCCUGGAGAGGCUUCACCUGCUGUCCAGCAGUGCAGGGCCAGAAGGAAGAAUCGCCCCUUCUCAAAUGGGGAGGGGGCCAUCCCAGGACUCACUGCAGAGCAGGAAGGGGCUCCCAGAGGAACUGACUGCGCACAUCCAAGUGGCCACCACUUCCACUUCCAGCCACCCCUCUCUUCCUGCUUUGGAAAUGGGAGAACCGACCUUGCUCUCCAGGAAGAGAGAUUCCUCGCGACCAGAGCUCUCUGUGCUGCCUUUCUCCAGGACACCGGCUUACUCCCCUCCAUCAGACCUUUUCUCCCCUUCUGAAGGCAUGGAGGAGCUCAACAACUCUACUGAUCUCCAAAGCCCCUCAGUCAAUCAGACAGAGAGUACGCGUGUUGCCACCACGUUCACCGAUGGUGUCGCAAGGAUGCUUCAGUCUCUAACUGUCAGUCUGGAACCUAUAAACGAGACAGAGGGUUUCCCUGAACACUCCAAAGUUGCCACAACUUCAGUCUCAGUCCCUUCUUCACCUUCUGCGGUGGAAUUGAGAAGAAACAGCAGAGUAACUGGAACUCCAGAGGAUGGGGAAUUCAUGGAGCCAUCCACUGACAGUGAACUUGGAAUUACUUCUUUACACUGGCAAAAUGAUUCCCCAACCUUUGGAGGACAUCCGCUCACCAGCGGCUCUGAGGCAGAAAAUGGAAGUUCUGUGUCUCAGACUGAGACUGUAUCUAGGUCAGUCCCAUCCAUCAGCAGUGGAGAGAGCACAGCACGCUGGUUCUUAACCAACAACAAGACAUUUGCAGAUGUGACAGGAAGUUCUGCUUUGUAUUCUGAAGUUGUGAAUGCUUCGGUUUUGACCCAGUUUUUGAACUCUGCUCGACAGUCCGGAGGAAAUAACACAGCAUUGGGUGAUAAAAGUCACUCAGAGUCUUUGUCUACAUCUUCCUCAGAAAGCCUAGAUUCCUCAGCACCACGUGGAGAACGUUCGACCGUGGAAGAGAGCAGGCCGCACACCUCGGCCACCGUCACCGGAAGCGGAGAGCGUACGGGGCGGUCUGUCCCCAUCGGCAAUGCCAGCACGACCUCCGGGGAGAUGGGGAGCCCUGCAGCAACGGUGCCCCGGGAAGCAGAGCGUGCCCCUCAGCGCACCGGAGCCACCGACCACACCGGCCUGGCUGCCGCACCCGCCCUUGGAGUCACUGGAAUUAGCAACAGUCAAGUGAGUGGCACAGAUCUUGAACAAAGGACUUCCAGUGGCCACACUGAUCACACCUACCUUUCAUCUACUUUCACUAAAGGAGAACGGGCGUUACUGUCCAUUACGGAUAACAGUUCCUCCUCGGAUGUCCAGGAGAACUCGACCUCUCAUAUUAAUGUCUCAGACUCUUCGCAUUCAGACUAUUUUUCCUCUUCUCAUGCUCAGACUGAAAGAAGUAACAUCUCAUCCUUGGAUGGGGAAUACACACAGCCUUCCACCGAGUCACUGGUUCCACAGACGUCCACCCUUCCGUCCUACACGUCUACCAUUAAUAUGCCACAUACUUUGGUUCUUCUGGAUGCUGAUGCUGGGUCUGUUGGUGACUCUUCUUCUUCGGGGCCCCCUUUGCCGCUGCCCUCAGUGUCACAGUCUCACCAGUUGUUCUCACCAACCUUACCAUCCACCAGGACGUCUGCGCAUCCCCUGAAGUCCACCUCUGAGGCCUAUGCGCCUUUGCCUUCCUCACCAUCGUCUGUACCCAUAUCCGUGAUGGCAUCUACCCCUGCCCCACUACCUGUCCCACAAACAGCCUCACCCCGUUCAUCUUCUACCACAGUCCUGCCCGGGGUGAGGGAGACACCUGUGACUUCAGUUCACACAUCGACAGUGGCAUCGUCUGUGGCAGAGCACCAGAGUAGUCAAACAGCGGACCCUAAGAACCAGAGCACCCCACACCAAGAGAAAAUCAUUACAGAGUCAGAGUCACCGAGCUUGGUGUCUCUGCUCACAGAGUCUACCAAAGCUGAAACACUGAGCUCUCCUUCAGGGGUCCCUUUGCCCCCAGCCCUAACAGAGUCCUCCACCAAGCAAACCCUUCCAGCCGGGAGCACGAGCUUAGACCAAAUGUUUCCAGCUUUGACAGCCACCACUCUUGAAACCUCUCAUCCACCCAUCACCACUCCUGGCACCCUGCCAAGCACAGUAGCUCUGACCACUGGCCCUGUAGCUGUACAGACUACAGCUGGAGAACAACUCUUGCUCACCCAUCUUGAAAUUCUAGUGCCACAAAUCUCAACAGAAGGUGUUGUCACCACAAAAAGGAACCCAGUGCAUACAGAUGCUACCACCCAAUUGAUCCCUCCAACCAGCGUACCCACAUCAGCAAAAGAACUGACCACAAGGCUUGGUGUUACAGAAGAGUACAGCCCAGCUUCACAUUUCUUCAGAACAUCUCCUCCCCAAACCACAGAUGUUCCCAUGACUGAAGUGUUGGCUCCUAAGUCUACUGCCUUGGCUACUCAGAGCAGCACACAGUCACCAACAGCAUUGUCAUCCCCCUCCUCAGUCAACAGCUGUGCUACAAACCCUUGUCUUCAUGGUGGAGAAUGCAUUGUGGACCCCAGCAGUCACGGCCAUCGAUGCGUGUGCUCACCUUCCUGGCAAGGGGAUGACUGCAGUGUGGAUGUGAACGAGUGCCUCUCAAACCCCUGCCCACCCCUGGCCGUGUGCAACAAUACUCAGGGAUCCUUUAUCUGCAAAUGCCCAGUUGGGUACCAGUUAGAAAAAGGAAUAUGCAAUUUGGUUAGAACCUUCGUGACAGAGUUCAAAUUAAAGAAAACUUUUUUUAAUACUACCGUGGAGAAACAUUCAGACCUACAUGAAGUUGAAAAUGACAUCACUAAAACAUUAAAUGUGUGUUUUUCAACGUUACCUGGUUAUAUCCGAUCCACAGUUCAUGCCUCUAGGGAGUCCAGUGUGGUGGCCAUCUCACUGCAAACCACCUUUUCUCUGGCCUCCAAUGUGACGUUGUUUGACCUGGCCGACGGGAUACAGCAAUGUGUCAACUCCUGCAGGUCCUCUGCUGAAGUCUGCCAGUUCUUGGGAUCUCAGAGGCGGAUCUUUAGAGCGGGCAGCUUGUGCAAGCGAAAGAGUCCCGAGUGUGACAAAGAGACCUCUAUCUGCACUGACCUGGACGGUGUCGCACUGUGCCAGUGCAAGUCGGGCUACUUUCAGUUCAACAAGAUGGAUCACUCCUGCCGAGCAUGUGAAGAUGGAUAUAGGCUUGAAAAUGAAACCUGUAUGAGUUGCCCAUUCGGCCUUGGUGGUCUCAACUGUGGGAACCCCUAUCAGCUCAUCACUGUGGUGAUUGCAGCAGCAGGAGGUGGGCUUCUCCUUAUCCUAGGCAUUGCACUGAUAGUUACCUGUUGCAGAAAGAAUAAAAAUGACAUAAGCAAACUCAUCUUCAAAAGCGGAGAUUUCCAAAUGUCCCCAUAUGCUGAGUACCCCAAGAAUCCUCGUUCUCAAGAAUGGGGCCGAGAAGCUAUUGAAAUGCAUGAGAAUGGAAGUACCAAAAACCUCCUCCAGAUGACUGAUGUGUACUACUCGCCCACAAAUGUAAGGAAUCCUGAACUUGAACGAAAUGGACUGUACCUGGCCUACACUGGAUUGCCGGGAUCACGACAUUCCUGCAUUUUCCCUGGACAGUAUAACCCAUCUUUCAUCAGUGACGAGAGCAGGAGAAGAGAUUACUUUUAAGCCCAGGAGAGAUGGAGAGACCAUUGCUCUGAGCCAGUCACCUGGGGUCUCUGUCGCUCAGAGGGACUGCCCCAGGAAGGGGCACCACACACUGGCUGCUCCCAGGACUUGUUGGAGCCACACUUGAGUGGCAGGCUGAAAGGGGGACAGGAAUGAGGGGUAUGACCACAGUGGAAGGAGACACAUGGAUGUGGACCACAGGCUGCUUAUUUGGCACCUUUGCUGUUACUGUGAACGUGAACGUGGACCAGUACCAAGAGAGUCUCUCUGAGUGACUGCAACAUGGCACUGGCACUAGGGGUGACUCUUAGCCAAGGCAGACCAGUAGGUAUCAUUGCAAAGACCCAGUUUUCCCUUAGUUUGCACUUUAGUAAAUUGGGUAUGGAGGUUUACUUUGGGAUUUAUGUCAAGACUGUUCCAGAAAGAAGCCUUCUUUACCUGAAACACAUCUGUAGGCCACAAUUUGGUGAUGAAUUUGCAGCAAAGUACGGGCUCGUUAGUCAUUUUCCUGCCUGUUGCUUACGUGCUAAACAACAGAUGAUGAGGAACAUACCACUAAGGUCUGAAGACGCUGCAGCUGAAUGUACAGUGUUAUCAUGUUUCUAGGUUGUCUCAUGCUACAGUUUCCAAGCCAGCCCCAAAAUGAGGAAUUGAGACCUGUGAAGCCCAGCACAUGACUCCAAUUUGUUUGACACAUUUAUUUAACAUGUUUUCCCCCCCUUUGCAGUUAAAUCUCACUUUUUCAAACAAGUCUGAAUCAGGGCAAAACAACUUACGUUUAGUUUUAGUUAGAGGCAUCCAGCUGCCCCAUAGUGAGGCCCAGCAGGCAGAACUGGGGGAUGGCCUGCAGGCAGUGGGGCACUUUUCAUCCCUGUGGGCAUGGCAUGGGGCCUGGGACUCUGACCACGAUUGCUGAGGCCAGAGGCUGCUGCGCAGGGAGUAGAAAUGGAAGGCUGAACACAGGUUGGGUCUGAGCCAGUAUUUCACCACUCUAGGAAAAGCAGCGUGACGUAGUCCCUGCAGCUGAAUGUGGCUAGAGGAACGGGCUGAUUGGCAAAUUAGAUUUUCUGCAUUGCCAGUGCUUUGGGAAGCCAUGUGGAUUCCUGAGAAGAAUAGGGAGCGAGGAUGGAGCCACAGGUAGGUUUAUUCACCUGCUGGUGCAGCAUCUUUGUAUCCAUCAUCUCGUCCUCACACUCAGUGUAAACUUUCAACCACUCAAAGCUAUUUAUUCAUUGAGAAAAUAACUUAUGUUCUCUCACCCAGUCAUUUGCACCUCUCUAUGCUACUGUGUAGUGCCCUCCAGAAAUGCGUUUAUAAUUCAAGUCAGCAUUAGAGAACUAGAGACUUCUGGCCAGUUAGAGAUCUGAGAGUUUGCUUUUGGAAAGGAAAUUCUACGUGUCUUAUUUAUUGUGCCUGUGACAUGGGUCUGCGAGGGAGGUAUACCCAGUGCUCAGUGUCUUUAACUGCUCCCUGUGGAACUGUGUUUAUUCAUCUGCUUUUGGAACAUCCUGGUUUUGAAUGAAGCAAAGCAAACACAGAGGUAAAAGAAUUUUUCCCACCCUGAAGCUGGGAGCUCAGUGGGAUACACAUUUCUGAAAAUGGUGCAGCCGUUGGGGACCAUUCUGCCCUGGGCAUGGUUGUUUCUUCAGGGUUCUCUAAUCUUCAAAACCUGUGUAAUCCUUAUUCUUAUGUAACCCUUGUCCUAACGGUUCUAAGUGUGAACUCCUGUGUCCUGUGGUCUCCACAACUCACCAUCACACUGCUAGAGCAGGAACACUAGUCAGGUGUGAUGCCUUUAGUAGUUAAACUGCAUUCAUCUCAUGAGAUAAAUAUAGGAAAAGUUCUGUUUUUGUCAGUGGAUGCAAACUGAAAAUUUCAAAGCAUCAUCUUUUUGAAAUCUUGGGUCUUGCAUCUAUCUCUCUGUGGAACCAAAUGGCCCUUACUGCCUCGCUGCCACAUGUCUUAACUGGAGAGCUCCUGGCUCCUGCAUGAAGCUCGCCUGAGCCCACAGGUUGGAUCCUUUGUGAGGGGCCAACUUCCUGGCUUCUUGCUCCACAUCCCUGCUCAUCCCCAGGACCCACAGUUGUGGAAGAGCCACAGAGGGAGACUAUGCCCAGGUGUGUACUUCACUGCCAGAAGCUUUCAGCUCCACACAAUGAAGUGUUCUCUCCCAAAAACAUUCUUAGGAAGAAUCACAAAGUCCAGAAAAGAGUGAGUUCCAAGAACGCUUUCCUGUUCUUGGGUUUUGUCUAUAUGGAGUGGAUUAAGAGUGUUUUAUUUUGUUGGUUUUUUUUUUCACUGUGAAAAAAGGAGGCACCCUGCAAGGUUAAGUUCACACUGUAUCUGCGAUUUCCAGGAGGCUUGUGAAGAGGCAUCUCCAGAGCAUGAGGUUCUAAGAAGGCAUGAGAGGAGCCUGAAUGUCACCCAGUGCUUGCUGCCCGCCCUGGGCGAGGCAGGGAUAGGCUGUGUUCACUGGUUCUGAGGGGCUGUAUCUCCAGAGGGGUCCUGCCUGGGCCUGGAGGAAACAUCGGCAGGGCGGCAGCGGUUCGUGCACUGCAGAGCACGCACGGCCAGAUGCACACCUGACACGCGGAAUCUCUCAGCUUGGGCACAAGUGCUCAGUGUCAGCCUUGCAUGUGGAAUGUGCAAUUCACGUGCACAGAAAUGCCGUAGCCCUGAAGUGGGACCCCAGAGCUAGAGGAAGUUGGGGAGAAGGAAAGGGAAGAGUAAUGCUUAACUGCCUAUGAAACACUUAAACUUUGUAGGGAGGAGAAAAGCAAAAGGAACCUGUGUGUGUAGCAUACUGACUCAGAGCAGGGGGCACUGGCUGGCUUCAUGGCAUCAGUGGUUUUAAGCUCCAGAGAGUCUUAUUUCCAUUUUCUUUUCCUCUAUGCCCCAUGAGCCAGGCCAGGGCGCUGGAGUCUGUUUCUUUAGGAGAAAAAACUAACAUCUCUUGUGUUCUUACCAUGGCAAGGCUCCUCACACCACCCUUGUGAGGUGGGUGUGAGAGUGCCAUUUCUCAGAUAGAGAAACCUUCGGAGAGGAUAAAGAACUUGCUUGUAGAGGAUGCAAACCCCAGGCUGCCAGACUCACCCUGUCAUUCUUUCCACUGUGUCUGCCUGCCCCACCUUCCUGGCAGACAUCUCACCAUCCAGUGUACUUUAAAUGUCAAAGAAGGAAAGAGAGAAUGGGCUUAAUAAGUUUUUUGUUUUUUUUUUAGAACCUUAAUAUUAUUAAGCAGUAUCCAAACUGAUAACAUGAAGUGCAAAAAAAAUGUUGAAUGCCCUUUUGAAAAUAUCUUUACAGGUUGAUUUUUACAUACAAGGGUACUUCAAGAAGUUCGUGGAAAGAUUUGUAUUGUCUUUUAAUUCUUUGUUUCCACAAACUUUUUGAAGUACCCUCAUAUAUUUCUUGGACAUUUGUGGUUAUCAUUAAGAAAAUAGUGGCUGGCUUGUGCUCAGCAAGAGGCACAUUGGUACAUGGCUUUGGCUGUAGGAAGUGUAAUAUGAUGGUCCCGGGUUUUUGACAAGCACACUUAUGCAUCCAUCUGAGGGCUGCCUGGCCUUGCUCUCAUAGUAAGGCCACGACUCCCACGUAUUGGAAGUGUAUUUUUGCAAACCAUUUUCAGAGUAGGGAACAUAUUCAUUUGAAUGUCUUAAAUGCUGACAGAUCUUCCUGCUUUGAGGGGAAGUUUAUUUUCAGAAGCAGCUAAGUCAUUUGGAACCAAAAUUACUGAAUGGAUGGUGCAGUCGAGCUGGCUGAUAGCAUUCGAGGUCAAAAACUAAGAUGUGACUAUUGAGUUCUUGAAGAGAUGACUGUUAAAGUUGGCCAAAAGGAGAAGUCAGCAUCUUUGGAAUACAAGGCUGUAUGGUCUUUGAAGGAUGGUCUAUUCAGAUGUGAAAGUUCCCAGAGCAAGCACGUACAUUAGCGUCAUCCCUCGCACAUGGCUUUUGGUGCCCGCAUUAAGCCAUGUUCCCAGGCACCCUGUAACCUGCUUAGCUGUGCCUGAAGAAGCAGAGCUGUCCAGUCCACUUGCCCCUGGCUAAGCGUAGCCUGACACAUCCAGAACUAGGGUUUUGACCCCUAGUUCUAAAAUACACUGGUUUUGAGACUAGAGUAAGUACUUCCUUGGAGAGAGGAAGAAUACAAAGUUCAGUAUUUUGUAUUUUAUUUAAAACUACCCUUAAUAUCAGAGAUAUUUUUUCUACCUGAAAGCUUUUGUGGGGAUCAAAAGAGACAGUUCAUUUCUUCUUGACAAAGCAUCAUCCUGAGGUUCUCGUGUGUUUUUGGAAACGGAUAUGGUUUGGUUUGGUUUGGUUUAUUUUGAUUUAUCAAUAUACAAUGUGGUUGAUUUUUGUGUCCCUUUACCAAUUCCUCCUUUCGCUCCUCCCUCUCCCCCCUGAGAUAUGGUUUUUUAUGCUAUGUGUUCUUUUUUUCUUUUUCUUUUCUCAAAUCCCCAAAGAAGGAAACUGGUUAAAAUAGUAGGAACAUUAAAAUAUUAAAUGCCAAUUAAUUUGUGUACUGAAGUAUCUUCAGUUGUGUUACACUCCAUCAUAUCUGGUGUAAACUGCUUAUGGAAAAGCCUGUGAAACCAAAGGGGACCACUUAGGUCUAAAAAGACAGGUCCUAAACCGGCUGUGUCCCCUGGCACUUCAAAGAGAACUUUUCAAAGAAUUUGCAUAUUAGAUUCUAGUUUUAUCUUUUUUUGGAUGCAUCUAAUGCACUUCAGUGGUGCUCUUGGGUAGGGAAUAUGGGACAGGACAGGGACAGGAUGAAUCAGUCUGCCUGGGAAACUAAUCCAACUCACUUAUCUUUCUAUAUUACCUUGGCCUGUUGUGAAAAGAAGAUGAUUGUUUCCUCAUGAGUUCUGUGCGUUUUGUUAAUGUUUGUGUUGCUGGAUUUACAGUUAAGUGAAGCAUGUAGCUGGAAAAUGAACUUUGAGUUUUCACAUUGUCCUGGAUUUCUCUUUGUAAACCUUUAAACCUUAGCCCCUGGUUGAUUGUGUUAAAUCCAUUAUAAGAAUGUUAUUUAAAGUUGUAUUAUAAUUGCAACCUCCACUGAUUAUUCAGUACUGUAGCAGCAAAGUAUUAUUUGUAAGAAUUCAGUUAUUUUUAUACUUAUAUCCACUUAAAGUCUGGCGUUAUAGUCAGUAAA